GCUCAAGAGUAAAGAUAAAAUAAUUGUCUUGGGUUAGGGUAAAAUUGGAAUGUGUUUAUGAAUACUUAGAUUUCAUUAAGGCUUGUGGUGAUGUAGAGGCGCAUUUUUUAAAAAAUCUUACAUUUUUUAGCUUUUAAUAUAUUUUUUAAUGUACAAUUGUAAAGUAAAUAAAUUAAUGUUUCUUAAUCCUUUUUUUCUGCUGGUUUUUAACUCAAAUUUCGAUUAAAUUUAACUUCUGUAGAUUAUCUUUGGAAAUCUCCGAUGAUGAACGCCAAAUCAAAUAUUUCUUUUUUUUAAAAUGAAAAUAAGAAUAAUUUCAAAGAUAAAUUUAUAUUCCGAGCUCUGAUUAAAAAAUGGUUGAUCACACUAAGUCCUCAGUGGCGCAUUCUCUCAACUCCUCUGACGCUAUUUCCUCUUCAGAUCGUUUCUCCAAGACACGAACCAGGCAUAAAAAUUCAGACACCGCCAACCACGCAGAAGCUAAAAGCUUCUCAAACCAUUCCGCCAAGGAUAACCACAAUUCCACUCUGAGAAGUGACUCGAUAUCUGUUAUUGACUUUGAUCCGACAUUAGUUUCAGUGGAUUUUUACUGUAAUUACUGUAACCAGUCGUUGUCAGUUGGCGGUUGCAGGAUCAGAUGCGCUGAAUGCUUAGAUUACGAUCUGUGUAUCUCUUGCGCCUGUAAUCACAAAUGCACUGAACCUCACAACCUAACACAUAAUUACGUUCCCAUCGGACCAAACUCAUUUGAACUCUUCUCCGAAGGCUGGACGGCAGAUGAAGAGUUGAUACUAUUAGAAGGGAUUGGCAAAUACGGUUUUGGUAAUUGGAAACAAGUGGCUGAGAUGGUGAACAAGGUGAAUUCGAAGCAGAAGACGCCAGGUGAAUGUGAAAAUCACUAUUACGACGUGUACAUCUCAUCCGGCACGUCACCACACCCAAAUGUUAAAAACCUCAGAACUCCCAUCGUAUCUCAUAUUCAACUUUAUUCCAUUAUUCCAAAAUGUGUGAAGACGAGGGAAUCUGUUUAUAAGUAUUACGACGAGGUGGCAAAGAGUCACAGAAGGUUUGAGAAUCCGGAUUCUGAGAGUAUUGUGUCUUCUGAGGAGUCUGGGUCUCACUCGACGUUUAUCCCUCCGGCGGUUAAUCUGCUGCAUUCUGACCCGGCUAAGGUCAAGUUUUUCCAGAACUUUACCGGGUACAAUAUUUACAGAGAUGACCUUGAGAACGAGUAUCACCCAGACGCUGAGUUAAUUCUUAAGGACGUGGAGUUUGAGCCCUGGGACUCGCCGCCGGAGAUCCAGUUCAAGAUCCAGCUGAUUGACAUUUACAAUGCGUUUCUGGACGAACGUAUUUAUCGCAAGCGGGUGUUGAUGCACCGGUUUUGGAACGAUUUCAUGACUAGGGAAAGUGCCAUGGCGAACAUGACUGAGCUUGAGAAGAUGCUUUACUGGCGACUGUCGCCGCUCAUCAGGUUCCACUCUGAAGAAGACCACAUCAGCUUAACAAAGCUUUUAAUAGCCAAAAUUGAGCUUGAAAAGAGGCUUGAGAUUGUGCAGCAGUGGAAAUCGCUGGGACUCCGGACCUUGAAGGAUAUUCAGGAGUUUGACCCGCUGAAGAACAGCGCAAAGACCGCUGCUCCUAAGCAUUUAAAUCACUUUAGCCGCGUUCCAAGCCUCUCUGCUAAGAUCCUGAGAGACGGCGUAGUUCACAAGGACGAGCUCUCUGAGUACAUGAACGAGAUAAACGAGAAGUUCUGCAACGAGUUUUACAUCACCAAAUCUCACCUGGACGAUAUUCUCAACUCAGUUUCCAAUGCGCAAACUGACACUGAUUUCAACUAUGAGCGGCCAAUCACCCACGUCUGGGACUUACACUUUGAAGAUUUUAACAUUGAAAAUAACGAACCUACGCCAGACAUUAAGCGGUUCCCACACCCGUCUGACGUUCCCGACAACUCUAACAUCCGAGUGAUUCUGGACCCCGAGAAGAAGGAAAUUGACCUCUCAGACAUGAAAUUUGACAAUUUCAAGUUUGGCUCCGUACGACACAAUGCACAGCAGUCGAACAUGCAACUUCAUGCGCAGUCGUUGUUUUACCUCACAAGGUUCUAUCAUGAACGCGUCAAGGUACAAAAGAACCUCCAGAAACCCAAAAUCGAACAAUUCCCAGCCAAACGAAGACUCUCACAACGGAGAUUCAUCUAACAUUUAAUCUCUCAAACAUUUUA